CACGAGCUAAUCAGGCGAUGCGCCUCAGCCUCGCGCGCGUGCGCGCGCCUCUUUAAACUCGCGGGCGCUGGGCCGGGGGCCCCGUCGUCCACGCGCACCGGUCGUCGUCGUCAUGCCCCCGCUGGAAAGGAGCCAGCGGCCGCCCCCGCCCGGCAAACCCUUCAAGCAGAGAAAAAGCUUCGCCACCAGGAAGCAAGAGGUGGCGGGCAUCCGCUCCAAAUUCCCCAACAAGAUCCCGGUGAUCAUCGAACGCUACGAGCGGGAAAAGUUUCUCCCUCCUUUGGACAAAACAAAGUUUCUUGUUCCACAUGAGCUCACCAUGAACCAGUUUGUCACCAUUAUCAGGAACCGCAUGGCGCUGCUGCCCUCGCAGGCCUUCUACCUGCUGGUGAACAACAGCGGGCUGGCCAGCAUGACCCUGAGCAUGGCUCAGGUCUACGGGGACCACCAGGAUGACGACGGCUUCCUCUACAUGACCUACGCCUCCCAGGAGAUGUUUGGACAACUUUAGCGCAGGGGGCGGGGUGCGCCCAAACCGUGCCCCCCCCCCCUUUUUCCCUUGUGUGUGUAAAUACAAAUCAUUUUGUGCGUUUUAAUAAAUAAAAUCUUAUGUACACGUCAGCAGCGCAUUGACAAGAACAUCCAAUGUGAAGUCAGGCUCCCCAUUUUUUAUUUUUUUUUUAUUUUUUGGACUUUGUUGUAUCCGUGACUUUGAACUAAAUCUGCCGCGGCGCUCGCAAUUCUUGGCGAGCGGCAAAAAACUCGCGUUGCCGUCGGGAUCGGC